UGUCAGACUGUCAGUGCCUCGUUCGCUGCCGUCGUGUAAGGGUGUCACUCAAGCUCGUCUUGCGGUAACCUUUUCAAGCAAUGGCCGCAGAGGUGAAGCGCGCAGAGUUGGACCUCAGUCCCCUCAGGGCUGCCAAGCUCCCGGUCAUCUUCGUCCUUGGAGGCCCUGGGUGCGGCAAGGGCACGCAAUGCGAGAAGAUCGUGCAGAAGUACGGCUACACGCACCUCUCUUCAGGCGACCUCCUCAGGGACGAGGUCGCCUCGGGCUCGCAGAGGGGAAAGGCCCUCAACGCCAUCAUGGAGAAGGGAGACCUUGUGCCCUUGGAAGUGGUGCUGGACCUGCUGGCAGAGGCCAUGCUCAAGAAGGUCUCAUCUUCGAAGGGCUUCCUCAUCGAUGGCUACCCUAGAGAACAGGCUCAAGGUGUUCAAUUCGAGAACUCGAUUCUUCCGUGCACGAAGGUUCUGUACUUUGAAGUGCCGGACGAGGUGAUGGUAGAGCGGCUCCUGAACCGAGCCAAGACUUCAGGCCGCGUGGACGACAAUGAAGAAACCAUCAAGAAGCGUCUGGCCACAUUCCACAAGCACAGCGAGCCUGUCAUUGAUUAUUACAAGGGGAAGUGUGCCAGAAUUGUGGCAACAUCCAGCCCCGAUGCAAUCUUCGCUGAAGUUCAAAAGGCACUCGAUGCGAUAUAAACUUGGUGCAAAGAAGCUUCAACACGUGUAUUGCUUCCAUUCAACAGAGCGUCUAUAACCUGACAUUGUAUGCGAGGAAGCAAAAUAAUAUGCUGAGGUGUUAAAAGGGGCAUGAAAUAUUUGUUAAGAAAAUCCAAUCAAAAUAUGGACUCGCUGUUAGGAAACUGUUUUUCUUCCAGAACACGGGAGAAUGGCUUUAUGAUUUAUUUCACGGCUUUAAGAAUUUGAAUGAGGCUUAUUUAGUUUUGUCCUAUACUGGCUGUUACUUCAGUGGUUACAUCGAUUAUCUCUACCAGUAUUCAAGAUAUGUUAAACAUUUGACCUGGUAUGGUAAGGAUCCUUACAAACCAUUACUCCUCAUAACCACUCUGGUGUUAAUUAGGCUUCCAAAUCUGUUUCAAAAUUUCAUUCGUACUUAGCUGAAAACCAAAACAUUUUUUUACUACGCCAUAAAAAUUUAUUCGAAAUGUUUACCUAGAACAACAAGGUGCGCUUCAGAACCCACUUGAAAUUUCGUAUGAAAUGUCAAUAUAUUUAAGCCUAUUUCUUCUUUAUUCAAAAUGGUUAAAUAGUAUAUGAAUGCAGCGAAAGAACAGCUAGUGCCUAUACCAUGCAAUCGCUCAGUACUUCCAUUAACUUGCCAUUUAUAGCUCUGAAUAGAUAUUACUUCUAAUUAAGCACACUUGUUAUGCGGCCUCUGCACCGCUUUUGCACUUUGUUGUCUAUGCUUUUAAGAUAGUGAUUACGUAAAAUGAGCGAAGGAAAUGCUGCAAUGCUUCCAACUUAUCAAGACAACAUAUCAUUUACGCUGCUUAAUUAGUUUAAGAAAACGUACCAUGUUUCCAUACAAGUCUCAAGUUAGCUUCUCUUUAUUCACGCUGAUUUGAGUGUACGAUUAUUAUCAUAAGUGAUAAUGCUGAUAAACAGCGUGGAUUAUUGUUAUUUGAGUCAGUUAAUAAGAAGAAUUUAUUGCUUAUUUAUAGAAGCGUUUAUCUCACAGCUUGGCACAUGAGCUGCCGUGUCGCAGAACUGGAAAAUAAUCACAGUGUAUUUAUAGCAGAGCAAAAUAAGCUCGUCCUAUCGGAUUUCAAAGUGAGCGAACAUAAAGAACUAUUCUAAUCUCAUAACUAUUUAAUUUAAUUGCUUCAAAUUUGAAUACGAUGUACUUUUUCUUCGACAACGUUGAACCAAAUUUCCCUCUUUAUCAAUUUGUCUACUUAUGGCAGCUAGAUCCUACUCCUCCACAUAUGAAGACAAUUUAUUUAUUAACGAUUAAUGUGAAUUCUUAAACGAAAAGUUAAUAAUGGAUUAAUUGUACCUUCUAAUUUCAAUUUAACGGUUCCUGUUUAAGAAUGAAGGAUGUAAUUGUAAAUGAUAUUUUUUACUCGUACAAAGGUACAGUGAUUAUUUUUACCCGUUUAAAAAUUCAAUUUAAAUCUUCAUUGCCUAAGAUGCUCUUCCAUAACUGAUGCAAUUUGUUCACGAAAUCGUUACACAUAAACAAUUUCUCAAUCCAAAAA